UUGAAGAGACAUAGGCCUACUUGACGGACUACCUCAGAGUGGUUGAGGUGUGGUCUGCUGUUUCUCGUGAAAUAAACCUUAAAGUUUGAUUUAAAGUAUGGUUUACUGGAACUGGAUUGGAAAUUGCGUAAACAUGCAUAGUAUCCUGUUCCGGAAAUGUACAUUGAUGUUUCCUCCUCGUGCACCCGCAGUUUGCUGCUAUGCGUUGUUGCUCGUGAAAACUGAGUAUUUUGCACGUUAAUGAACAUUCGUAUUUAAUGGCACGGUGUCUGAUCGCCGUGGCCGCUGCAUCGGCAGCUGUGCUCCUCGCCGUUUGCGACCUGGACGCCGUUAUCGCACAUCUGCUCGCUCUGUCGGCGAUUUUUUCCUCUUCUCCGGACGCACUGCCCCUGUUAAACCAGCAGGACCUGUCUCGGUAUGACGGCGAAGUGGGCAGCCAGGGUCUGUACUUGUCCGUGCUGGGGCAGGUGUUCGACGUGAGCAAGGGGCGCAGGCACUACGGACCCGGCGGUGCUUAUCACUUCUUUGCAGGCAGAGAUGCGUCCAGGGCUUUCGUUACCGGGGAUUUCACGGAAGGCGGGCUGAUGGAUGACUUGUCGGGUCUGUCACCGUCGCAGGUAGUCGCCCUGUAUGACUGGCUGUCUUUCUAUCAACGGGAUUACAGACCCGUAGGCAGGCUGAUCGGACGUUACUACAGUGAUACCGGCAAACCCACGGAGGCUUUGCGGCAGGUGGAAGCUGCCCUGGCCCGUGGACUGGAGCUCAAAGCUGAAGCCGAAGCUGACAGCAAGCGCUUCCCAUCCUGUAACUCCGAGUGGAGCGCCGCUGGUGGGAGAGUGUGGUGCUCCGAAAAGAGUGGCGGGGUGCAGCGCCCCUGGGCCGGCGUCCCGAGGAAGAUGUUCAACGCCGGAUCCCGGAGCAUUCGCUGUGUGUGUGUGCCGGGCGGCAACCCCGAGCUGUCAGCCAGCGCCGCCCUGCAGGAGUACGAAGGCUGCCCACCACUCGCAGAGUCCUGCACCGUCCACAGCUUUUAAAUGUUUCAAAAUGGGAACGCGUUUUAUUAACUCUUUAUCCAGCGAAACGUUUCUUUUGGUCAAACUCAGGAAUUUCUACAACUCCGCAAACUGAUCUGAAUUUCUCCUUUAUACAGUGAAUGCAACACGCAGCCUUUGUAGUGUGUUCCGGAUUUAUAUUGUGAUCGUUAAAUCUGAAAACACAUUCCUGCAUUAUAAAAAUAAGCCAAUCAAUAA